AUGUCUGCUUUAAACUGGAAGCCAUUUAUAUAUGGAGGAUUAGCAUCAAUUACGGCUGAAUGUGGCACUUUUCCUAUAGACUUAACAAAAACACGGCUGCAGGUGCAAGGACAAGCAAAUGAUGCAAAAUACAAAGAAAUCCGCUACCGAGGAAUGCUCCAUGCACUUGUCAGAAUAGGUCAAGAGGAGGGAUUUAAAGCGCUGUACUCUGGGAUUGCACCAGCAAUGCUUCGCCAAGCGUCAUAUGGCACAAUUAAAAUCGGCACUUAUCAGAGCCUGAAAAGAGUGUUUGUUGAUCGCCCUGAAGAUGAGACGUUGGUUCUUAAUGUUUUUUGUGGCGUUUUGUCUGGAGUGGUUUCCUCAUGUAUUGCCAACCCUACAGAUGUUUUAAAGAUAAGAAUGCAGGCCCAAGGCAGCACAAUUCAAGGAGGAAUGAUUGGGAACUUUAUCAGCAUUUACCAGCAGGAAGGGACCAGAGGACUGUGGAAGGGAGUGUCGCUCACUGCACAGAGAGCAGCUAUAGUAGUAGGUGUGGAGUUACCAGUGUAUGACAUCACCAAGAAACAUCUCAUCAUGUCCGGGCUUAUGGGAGACACUGUCUAUACACACUUUCUGUCCAGUUUUACUUGUGGAUUGGCAGGAGCGUUAGCAUCCAAUCCAGUUGAUGUUGUUCGAACUCGAAUGAUGAACCAAAGAACCCUCUGCGAUGGGUCAAGCUACAAGGGCACAGUGGAUUGUUUACUGCAGACUUGGAAGAAUGAAGGAUUCUUUGCUUUGUACAAAGGCUUUUGGCCAAACUGGUUAAGACUGGGACCAUGGAAUAUUAUUUUCUUUAUUACCUAUGAACAGCUCAAGAAACUAAACCUGUGA